AAGAAGGUUAGAAUGCAUAGGUUAAAAGUAAAGGCUAUAUAUUUUUGUUUUUUGUAUCUGUGUUCUAUUUAUACGUAAUAAAAGAUUGUUGCAGAGCAAUGGAUGUUAAGGAAACUUCGUGUAGGCUUUGCUUUAAAAAUAUAACCGAUGAAAGUUUUGAAGUGGUAAACAAUAUUGUCAGAAACAUUCUGAAUGUUCUUUUAAAAUUGAAAUUUGAUAACGAGAGCAAAGAGGUUAUAUGUAACGUUUGCAGAAGAAAGUUAAAUGCGGCGUUAGAGUUUAAGUCAACCUGUCUGAAUACCGAUAACAAAAUUAUUCCUUAUUUGGAUAGAGAAAAAAUGUUACAGCUUGACUUAAGAGAAGUGUACAUGCAGGAAAAGAAAAGUGAUUUAGUUUGCAGUCAGAAAAUAUGUCGAUUGUGUAUGCAUCCAGUAGAAAGUGAGUUUAGAUGCAUACGUGAAGUUGAACUUGAAGCCAUUGAGAAAUUGGCUCCUGAAAUGAAUAUAAAUAUCAUCAAAGAUCCCGUUGUUUGUAAGCCUUGCUUUGAUUCUCUGUGUACCCACAACAGUUUCCUUAAAGAUUGCUCAGAGGUAGAGGAAAAAAUUAAAAGUAUUUUCGAUAGUUCAGCCACAGGAAGUCAAAUAGAUACGUCUCCGCUUGAUGUAUUCAUUAAGACUGAAAAUCCGGACAGGGGAUUCGAUAUUAACGAGAUGGAAAUGUCGAUCAAAGCUGAAUUUGUGGACAUAAAAUCGGAAGAUGAGGAAAAGAGCGACACGCCACUUCAGAGCUCCUAUAUUGUACCAUUCGAGGAAAGUGACUGUAAAGAUGAAGAAGAGGACGGAUAUGAGAAUGGAUCAGAAGUCAAAACCAACGAAACUGAAAGUGAGAUACACUGUGCGAGACACGAGAAUGAUUUGGAAGCGUAUAAAUGUAAGUCGUGCGAGUACAAAACUGAAAAUAAGAAAUUACUUCAGAGACAUCAACUGAAACAUAAAGAUCCAUCACAGGUUCAAAUGUACAAGUGUAACGACUGUGAUUACGAAAGUAAAUACAAGUAUGCUAUCAAAUGUCACGAAUUGAAACAUAAGGAUCCUUCGCAGAUUCAAAUGUACAGGUGUAACCACUGCAAUUACGAAAGUGAAUUAAAGGGUAAUAUCAAAAUGCACCAACUCAAACAUAAAGAGUCUUCGCAGGUUCAAAUAUACAGGUGUAGCGACUGUGAUUACGAAAGUAAAUACAAGAAUGCCGUCAAAAGGCAUCUACUGAAACAUAAAGAUCCUUCACUGGUUGAAAUGUACAGGUGUAAGGACUGUGAUUAUGAAACUAAAUACAAGUAUGCUAUCAAAAGGCACCUACUGAAACAUACUGAUCAAAUGUACAGGUGUAACGACUGCAGUUAUGAAACUCAAUUAAAGGAUAAUAUCAGAAAGCACCAGCUGAAACAUAAAGAGCCUUCACAGGUUCAAAUGUACAGGUGUAACGACUGCGAUUACGAAACUAAAUUAAAGGGUAACUUCAAAGAGCAUCAACUGCAACAUAAAGAUCCUUCGCAGGUUCAAAUGUACAGGUGUAAGGACUGCGACUUCGAAACGAAAUACAAGAAUAAUAUCAAAAAGCACCAACUGAAGCAUAAAGUUCCUUCACUGGUUGAAAUGUACAGGUGUGACAACUGCGAUUACGAAACUAAAUACAGGUAUGCUAUCAAAAAGCACCAACUGAAACAUAAAGAGCAGUCACAGGUCGAAAUGUACAGGUGUAAGGAGUGCAAUUUCGAAACUAAGUACAAGAGUAAUAUCAACAAGCACCAACUGAAACAUAAAAUUCCUUCACUGAUUAAAAUGUACAAGUGUAACGAUUGCGAUUAUGAAACUAAAUUCAGCGACACGCCACUUCAGAGCCCCAAUAUUGUACCAUUCGAGGAGAGUAACUGUAAAGAUGAAGAAGAGGAUGGACGUAAACAUGAGAAUGCAUCAGAAGUGAAAACCAAGCAGCAGCGCAAAGUAUUGUACAAAUGUGAUAAACGUAUUUACGAAACUGAAAGUGAGAUCCAUUUUUUGCAACACUCUGCGAGACCCGAGAACGAUUUGGAAGCGUACAAAUCUGGGUCCUGUGAGUACGAAACUGAAAAUGAGAAAUUACUUCAGAGGAAUAAAGAUCCUUCGAAUGUACAAGUGAAAGACUUCGAUUUCGAAACUAAAUACAAAGAUUCAAAUGUACAAGUGUAA